ACGUCGAGCCUAUGCUUUUCUCCUCCGCGAAGGAAUUCGUUGAGCGUGUACAUUGUUUACGUUCGUUCAUCCUUUUCUCCCUUACAUUUAACAUACAUACACAUAUUAUUUAUUAACGCAACAUUCGUUGAAUUUAAUAUAUAUAUAUUCGUAGGAAGGUAUUGAACGUGUACAAUAGUGAAUUAUGAAUCCCAUAUGAUCCUCGUUUCCCGCGCUUUUUUGUGACUAAGAUUUUUUUUUUCUUCGAAGAGAAAAACAAAAUAAAGGGAAACAAAUAGCAUCAUGAAAACGACAAAUAAUUAUCUUCUCGUUUUAUAUAUUAUAUCGUUCUUAACUUCGUCGAUAAUAUGCGAACCAAACGAUGCUACUACAACGCGUAUUCCUAUAUUAAAGUGUUGCCCACGCGAUCAGGAACUAAUCGUGUCCGUUGAGAAUGGCGUUUCGAAGGUUACUAACGAUUGCAGGAAAAGCACGACAGCAUGGCAACCAAAGAUCUACUCGCCGACUCGGCAAAUGCAAUAUAACGAACCGUUAGACGGAUGGAACGUUUUAGAGGGUAGAAGACCAGAAUGUCGAGACGAUUCCGUUUUGACCAGAAUACCAUCGAGAACGGCCGUACCUUUCAUAUUUCUUGAAGAUGGCUAUGCCAUUGUCGAUGGAAACGUUGAGGAACCGAUCGCACCUAACGAUUAUUGUGCCGACGCCAAUGCUAUCUUUGUUUGCGUUAAAAAAACCCCAGAAGGGAAUCAUGCCGCAGCAACUAUGAAGCCCAAGAUUAGACGUUGCUGCGGAAAAUCUGCCGUUUUCCACGAGGGCAGGGAAUCGUGCGAUUUUGUAAACGAGUCGGAAGACACGACACCGUUAUUGGGAGACUCAUCGACAAUGGUGGACAUAGUGUCAGGAUUUCCGGCUUGUCCUCGGGGGGACAAAUACACGAUCUUGGCCGACGUAAAAGAUGCCGUAUUGCAGUCAGACGGUAGCAUGAAAGUAGACGGUGUUAUUUUACCAAGCGGCCAGUUUUGCGUCGAGAGGAUCAAGGAACUCAACCAGGCGGUCAAGGUCUUUGCUUGCUCUGAACACGCACCGCAAAGACCACAUGUGCAAGCAACAGACAUCAGAUUCACGCUCUAUCCAGUGGGCUUUAUCAUCAGCGCUGUGUUCUUGGCAGCCACCUUGGCUGCUGGUUGGCUGUUACCAGCAUCUCAUCACGUUUUGCACUGGCGAUGCCAGACUCAUCAUGUCGCUUGCUUGAUGCUCGGCGAUCUUCUCAUGGCUAUCAUUCAGCUAGCAGGAGAUUCCCUACGUGGUGGAAGUUGCAAGGCUCUUGCUAUUAUGGCUCACUUCUUCUUCUUGGCUGCUUUCUUCUGGCUGAACACUAUGUGCUUCAACAUCUGGUGGACCUUUAGAGAUCUAAGACCAGCAAGUUUGGAGAAGGGCCAGGAAACCUUGCGGCUCAGAGUCUACGCUUGUUAUGCCUGGGGUGGACCCCUUUUGGUUGCGGGAUUGGCCGCCCUACUGGAUCAUCUUUCACCCCAGACUCAGUACACGUAUCUUAGGCCUCGUUUCGGUGAAAAGCAAUGUUGGUUCUAUGGCGACAUGGAAAUCCUUGCGUAUUUCUUCGGACCAAUCGGUGUACUUUUAGCCGUGAAUCUUCUUUUCUUUGCCGCAACCGCACGUGAAUUAACGUGCGGCCUUUGGAAGGGAGAAUUCGUCAAGAGUACUACAGAAAGGGCUGCACUUGGCCGAGUAUGUAUGAAGUUGGUGAUCGUGAUGGGGAUCACAUGGGUCGCUGACGUGGUCUCAUGGGCAGUAGGUGGUCCGCAAUAUAUCUGGUACUUCACCGACCUGAUAAACGCCUUCCAAGGUGUACUGAUAUUCGCAGUGGUCGGCUGUCAACCUCAGGUCAGAGCGGCAUUGAAAAGACUUUGCAAUAGAAAUCCAAGAACGAACGCUGGUCGACAGGGUAAUGGCCUGAGUACAACCAGUCAUGGGAUGCCCAGCAUGGGUGAUAGCGUUACACAGAAUCCAAGUACUAAGACUGCACCGUUGGAGACCAUAUGUUAAAACUCACCUCGAAGAUUCCUGAUUAAAUAUGAAUAAUAAUAUUAAUAAGAAGAAGAAGAAGAAGAAGAAGAAGAAGAAGAAGGAAAAUAAAUAAAUGAAAAAAUACAAUGACGAAGAAGAUUAAAAGAGAGUCGGAAGACUACUCUACAACUAUCGUAGAAAAAAAAAAAAAAAAAAAAAAAAACCUUUUUAACAAUGCCGACUUUGGGUGAACGCAUUGAACGUUCGGCAAACAUCGACGAUCACUGCGUUUCCAUUCUAAGGUCGUUGACCUUGAGAACCCGUGGGUGUUUUGUCAGGAAUGAGAAAGCCUAGAGGCUGUAUUUCUAACACGCCUUCUUCUGUUUUUUUUGUUUUCCUUUUUCUUUUUUUUUUUUUUUCUUUCUCUCCGACGGACUUAUAUGUGUAUAUAUACAUAUAUGUACACUAAAGACACUUCAAGAUCACGUAUAUAUAUAUACAUGCGUGAGUGUAUAGGUGAGUCUGUAUGUUUAUGUGUGUGUAUGUGUGUAUGUGUGUGUGUGUGUGUGUGUGUGUGUGUGUGUGUAUACGUUCGAGAAUACGAAUACUUGCAUAAAAUCGAAAAAGAAAACGAAAGGGAAAAUUCUUUAUAAGUGACGAACUCAUUCUAAUCGAGAAACUCGUUAUUAAAAUAUAUAAAGAAGAGAGGAAAGAGAGAGAGAGAGAGAGAGAGAGAGAGAGAGAGAGAGAAAGAGAGAGACAGAGCGAUUGAUCAUUCAUCAGAAAUUAUUAUUAAUAAAUUAUCGAUAUAAUAAUGUAUAAUCAUAGAUGACUGAUGUAUAAUCAUACAUUUAUUACCAAUUCGAUCGAAUAGUUAUUGCGUCCACUUCUCUAAUGUCUUCGAAUCGAGCUUAAUUAUAAUACUUUCUCUCUUUUGCAAGGCUCAAAUGGUUUUUUUUGUUUUUUUUUUUUUUGUCUUUUUUAUAUACACGUGUUUAUGUGUAUGUGUGUGUUGUUCUUUUCUAAUACUUUGACACGGUUUUUUUUUUUAAAUUUAAUUCAAAUUCAUUCUUUGCCCAUUCGUAAAAUCUCUUCUCGUGGAUCAUAAUUAUUUUUUGUCUUCGUAGAUAACGAUUGGAAUGUUAAUAUCGGGACCACAAAAUAAUUCGUGAUGUAGAAGAGUUAAGUAGAUUUAGAAAUAACCAAAUUCUAAAAAAAAAAAAAAAAAAAGAAAAAAAAGAAUAAUAAAGAAGAAAGAAAAACGUUUGAUCAACGAUCCACGAAUCUUCACACGGGAUAAUAAUUAAUAAUUUAUUGUUUAUUGCCAUUUUGAAAUUUGAGAGAAUCAUUUCUUUGACUUGUUUGUCAUUUGGAAUGGCUAUUUUGCAUCGACAUUGAAAUCUCUCGUGAGAUCUAAAUUUUAUAUGUCAUCAAUUUUUUCUAUCGCAUCAAGAUCGCAAUAAAAAAAAAAAAAAAGAAAAAGAAAAAAAAAACCUUUACGUCCAAGAAUACUGCCAGAAAAAACGUCUUUAAAAUAGUGUGAAAAGGAAAAGAGAGAGAGAGAGAGAGAGAGAGAGAGAAAGAGAGAAAGAGAAAAAGAGAAAAUUUUAUAACGUCGUAUUUUUAACAAUACUGCCAAUCUAUGUCAAAAAUCGUCUGGAAGAGUGCCAUUACAAGUUCAUACAUACGUACAUAUAUAUAUAUACAUAUAAUUUAAUCUGCAUUUCGCAUCGUCGAUUGAAAAUAGUCGAACGAAUCAUCAAGAUAACAUAAGUUUUGAUCUACGUGAGUCAAAAAUUAGAUUCUUUUGGAUAGAAACGGGUAAGAUCAAAGAAUGAUCGACGAUUUGCGACAAUAUGUAUUAAAAAUUCGAUGCCUUUUUAAAUGCCUUCCAGAUGUCUGGCAAGUUUAACAUGCCGUAUUGAUCGAUAAUUAAUGUCAGAAUUUUCAGUAUUAUAUAUUUAAAUAAAUAAUUAAUAUUAUUAUUAUUAUUAUUAUUAUUAUUAUUAUUAUUAUUAUUAUUAUUAUUAUUAUGUUAUACUAUUGGGAUAGCCAAUAUAAUACAAUAAUACAAAAUUAUACGAUAUAUACAGUAAAAAAAAAAAAAUAAAAAAGAAAAAAAAAUACUAAUGUUGUUAAUAGAAUAAUAUUAUACUAUACUAUUGGGAGUAGCCAAUAUGAUAUAAUGAUACGAAAUUAUACGAUAUAUAUAGUAAAAAAAAAUACUAAUGUUGUCAAUAAAAUAAUAUACUAUACUAUUGGAUUUUCAAUAAUAAAAUAAUACAAUAAUAAAAUAAUUUACAUAUGUAGGCAAUAAAAAAUAAACCUUUAUUUAAAUAUAAAAAUACUGAAACUUUUGACAUUCAUUGAUUUAUCUAAUAUUAGAAAAACACGAGUCGAUUAUCAAACGAUUUGUCAAUAGACAACAUUAGUUUAGAGAAGAAAAAGUUUGUAAGAGCUUACGAAUUGUUCGUUCGAGAUUAGAAAUAGAAAGAGAAAUAAAAAGAGAGAAAGAAAGAGAGAGAGAGAGAAAGAAAGAAAGAAUAAUUUUUUUUUUCUUCGGGUGCAUCAAAGAGACUAAAAUAUAUAUUAGCCAUCAAAAAAGAUUUUAGAUGGCCUUGAACAAAAGCAACAGAUACGAUGUCCGCUGUCUCGAUUCGAACAAUCUCUCUCUUGAAGACACAUCGAAAUCGAUUUUAUUCGAAAUAUGUGGGCGUUCGAAAAAGAGAAAUAAAGAAAAAAAAAAAAAUAAGAAACGAGAUGGUCUUCGAAGAGUAGAAAAGAAAAAAGAAAAAAAAUAAACAACACAAACGGGUCAUUUUAGAAAGUCUAAUUAGUUCCUUUUUGUAGUAUGAAUGACGAAUGACAGAAGAGACAAACCGAUGUUCCCUUUUUCUAAAUGACUCAACUUCAGAACAUUUUACCUUCGUUGAUCUUUUUUUUUUUCUAAAUAAUUUUCUGAUCCAAAGAAUGGAAAAAAAAAAGAAAAGAAAAGAAAAGAAAAAGAAAGGGGGAAAACGGAGCAUCUCCUACGUAUGUAUGUAAAAAUUAUUACGACGAGACGUGUUGUAUAUUUGUGCGUGCAUAUGUGCGUGUGUGUACGAAUGAUACUAUAUAAUUAGUGUUCAUCAUAAGUCAUUUUAAGUAAUGCGUAGAUCACAUAUUCUCUCAUAAAAUUCCCACGGUGACAGUCGUAUAUCCUGUUAUUAAAAUUCUAUGCGAUAUUCUGAAGUUAUUAUAAAGAGAGAAAAAAGAAAAAAAAAGAAAAAAGAAAAAAAAAAGUAAAAUAUACUUCACCAAAAUAAUAAUAAUAAUAAUAAUAAUAAUAAUAAUAAUAAUAAUAAUAAUAAUAAUAAUAAUAAAAUAAUUUUGUUUGUUAAAAAUUUAUUUUUAUGCACGCGACUGUCGCCGAAUAUAGAAGAGACUUUAUUAUAUUCAUUCUUAACUUAUCAUAAUAACGCAUUUUUUUAUUUCUCAUUAUUAUCAUUAUAUUAUUAAUAUUAUUUUUGUUAUUAACAUUAAACAACUGCCAAUAGAAACAAUACCGGGCUCGAUCAUAGAAUAUAGGGAUAUAACACGAGUAACACCGAAAUAAAAUUAGCUUAUAUUAUUCUUAAAUGUAUAAAAAUGAACGCUUAGAGAAUAAUAAUUAUCGUUAUAUAUAUAUAUAUAUAUAUGAAAAAAUUUUCAAUGCGACAAAUUUUCACCAGACCGAUAGAAAUUACGAAUUAUAUAUUAUAUUUCUAUCGUCGCAUUUCAAAUUAAUAAUCGAAUCCAAUGAAAACGUGAGCACACAUUUAUUCUCUUAGAAUAUUAUAUACUGAUAAUAGGAUCGAUGUGAAUCGAGAGAUAGAUCGUAGCCUUAAUAAAUUAAUUUAUUUCGAAU